AUGACAUCUCGGAAGGUCGAGGACAUUCAUCAAGCGAUUCUAAACAAGCUGCUUUCAGAAUCAGGGUUGGAAUGCUUCAGGUCAUUUGUGCAGUCUCCAGAAUCAUUCACCAGUUCUGAGGCUGCUGAAGAAGGUGGUCGUGUGGAGGAAACAACCCCAAUAGGUCUCGAGACUCCACAAGAGGAAGAAAAUAAAGUGGUGGUGGAGGAAGAGGUUCCGGAGUCCCUACCAGAGAUAUUCCCUUCUCCCUCCCUGCGGUUGCCCUUGCCUGACAAAAUUAGGGCUCUUGAAAAGCAAAACAGAAUCCACGUCCUCCCCGAAGGCCUGAAAACCAACAUAGACCCUCAAGCAAUACCCAAAAUAAACUCGACACCACAGCAGAAGUGUAUCGAUGUGUUGGGAGAACUCCUCGGCUGCAAGAGGUAUAAGAACAGUCUGGCUGAAUUCUGGUUCCUUGAUACUCUGGCCAAUCUGCUGAGGAGGGCGCAGGAGGAUGAGAUGGAUAGACGUCUGAUUGAUUGCAGCAACUCAAGCAAUUUUGAUGAUAUGGUUCUGCGAGUGGAUGAAGGAGAUGCAAUACUUCGACGCGGCAGACAGGAAACGAAUGAUGAAGAGGUUUCAGGUAAGGAAAAUAUGUUAGCAGCAGCGAGAUUCAUUGCAGAGAACGAUCGCAUCCCCACCCCUUACGAUGCGGGGAUUAGUUACAAAUCCCCAGAAGACGAAUUAAAAGACACACAAAGCUCUCUGAAGCCGGAUUCCAAACAUUUCGUCCACUUCGCUGGAAGUACCUUUGAAUGCUGCAUGCUGGAUCUAGUCAAGAUCAUUCACUAUAUCUUUGAUCUUUUCAGCACAGAUUACCAAUACAACUUAGUGCGAUCUGUGUUCACUUUUACACCGGACUAUGCGCAGAUAGACGGGCCUCAUCAGAUUCAAAUACCAAAGCGGUUGUACGCACCAAUGAAGGUCAAAGCUAAAAAACCCGAAAAGUCCCCUAAAAAGGACGCUAAGGUCGUUAAAGGGAAGAAGAAAGAUGAUACGGAAGAAUAUUUGGCUUUAAUGGAGCUGAAAGCGAGAGAAGAGAAAUUACUAGAAGAACAAGAAGAGCGUGACAAAGAGAUGUGGGCUCUCAAAAGCUCAAUCUUGCCACUAUCCUUCGCUGCUACUGAGGAGUUUUUCAACAAAUACUGGCCAGCACCUCCCCCCGCACCUGAGCCAGAGGCUGCCCCUGAUACCGCCAAAUCUAAAGGGAAGGUUAAGGGCAAAAAGUGA